AUGAACCCGCUCUUCAAUAGUUCGUUGGGACACGGCAAUACGUCUGUGACUUGGAGUUCCUGGUUAGUGUUGUCUCUAGGAAUCCCGCAGUUAGCUAUCAAUCUAGUUUCGGUGGUUUGUAACUGUUCGGUGAUCCUCACCAUUAUCUCUGGUAGGCAUCAGCACAAACCCAUCUCCACCCUUUUCGGGAGCCUAGCCUUGUCCGACCUCCUGUUAAGCUCAUCUUCCUUUUGGAUUGCGCUGCUGUUCAUGCAGGAGCCGCAGGAGACGGUUUUCGGCUCGAAGGAGUUGCUAUAUGCCUACACAAUCCUGGGCAUCUCCAUCCUGUCUACCGUCUACAAUCUGAUGGCCAUCGGCGUUGAGCGUUACCUCACAGUGGCGGACUGUCUGAGAGCCAGGUGUACCAUCUGCCACUGGCAAACCGGGCUGGCAGCUACCGGCAGCUGGCUGGUGGCUGGUCUGUUUGGUGGACUGCCUCUGAUGGGUUGGAAUUGUUUGGACAGAGACGAAGCCUCGUCUGCUCUCUACCGGCCGCUCUGCAUCGAUUAUUUGGUUUUUGUCACCAUCCCCAACUGCGUCCUCACUUUCACGUGUUUACUGGUCACCUACGUUGCCAUCAUUGUCAUUUUAAAGAGACAGAAAUGCAUCAUUGCAGCCCAAGGACACGUUAGUCCCAGGUACAGAGUGGCUGAAGCCCGUGUAGCAAGGACGAGUGUGAUCAUAUGGAUUAUGACCGUGGUCUCCUACUGCCCAUUCUUUUCUGGUGUGCUCUGGGAUGCUCUCGAUCAUUCCUCCCUCCCGGACCUGCAAAUCCACGUUUACAUUUUCAGAAACCUCACCGCAAUCAUGAUCACGCUGAACUCUUUAGUUAAUCCCAUCGUCUAUACUCACAGAUUGGAAAAAAGCGGCGUUUCCUUCAGAUGUCCGGUUAAUAACAACAUCCACUUACAGACAGUCAGGGAUUCAUGA